UCAUCUGGUCCAUUUUGUGGAACAGAACCAGUCCUUGGGGAUACUUCUAUGUCCACCAUUGCAAGGACCCUGCCUUCAUCAGCUUCAACAUCAUUCCCCUUUUCAACCUUCACUACCACUGGCUCUUCUACUGGCCCAGCCCCCCAUGGGAUUACUUCCUCACCAACCCCUCCACGUGCCGUAGAUGCCACCCAUGAGGCAAAGAUAAGCACUGCUGCUGGACCCAUGGUUAUGGUCAGUAGUCAGGAAACUUGGACCCCAUCAGUCAGGACAUCUUUAUCGCCCAUCAUGGAUACCAGAAUAACCCAGAACAUGGACUUGGGAACAGUGACAAAUGCUUCUCAAGUGUCUCCACACCCAACGCAGUUGACGAGACUACCCACAGGAGGGACAGAGAGAACACACACCACCACCAGAGCAACUUCAGCCACCAGAGUGUCUGCUCCUACUUUGGAAAUGCUGACUGUCCACAGGACAUCGGGUAAGACAGCCAACACCAGCACAACAGGACUGGUCAUUGCAACUGCAUUUGUCUCCCCCAAUGAUCUAGAGAGGACCGCCUCCUCGGUCACCAGCUCGGAAGCACAGACCAGCAGAACAGUGGUAUACAGGACAACCCCAUCCAUGUACCGUGGCAGAUCAGCGACACUGGGGGUUCCUUCUGUGGCAGAGACAAGCACACUGGUUCCAACUCUGGGUGUUUCCUAUGGUGAGCCAGAGGCCACAACUUCAUGGGACACCCAUCCUGUUCAGGCCAGCUCGCCUGCAUCCAGGGCAACCCUGACUGAUUCCCACAGCAAAUCAGACAGCUCACCUGCAAUGGUUACCAGUUCUGCAGAGGAAGUAGGUUUCGCGGGUUCUACUUGGACUGCCUCCCCUGCUGCACUGACAGCGGUGAACGCACUGAUAACAACUCCUGAGACUAAAUCAACCACCUUCACUACAGUUCUCACUGGCUCCACAAAUGGACAAGACACAACAGACUCAUGGGUCACACCUGAGAGAACUUCACCCGCUCCAGGGGGAGAAUACACUACCCUGGGCAACUCAAUUGCAAACAGCAACCAAACCGGGUGA